CAUGUCAAAAUCAUUUGUGAAUUCAUUUUCAUAACCUUAUAUUUGUUAUAAGUAAAUUUAAACAAUUUUGUAUAAAUACUUUUCUUGCAAGAAUGACAUCCUCUGGUAAAUUAGAAACUGAAAAAUUAAAAGAAAAUUUAGAAAACCAAUUAGAUCGACUUGUUCAACAAUUAAAUGAUCUUGAAAGCUGCAAAGACGAAUUAGAUAGCAGUGAAUAUGAAGAAGUUAAACAAUCAACAAUUGAACAGCUAAAAGAGUUCCAAGAAAGUUUACCUCGAAUAGCUAAAGGUGAUGUAUCUUUAGUAAGUAGUGUUGCGGCGAUACAAAUGGCCACUCAAGCUGCUAUUUCGAAAGCUUUUAAAACACCGGAAGUAUUAAAAUUGUUUGGUAAACGUGAACCACAACAAUUACGAGAACGAUUGUCGACAAUUGAUGAAAAUAUAAAAUUGAAUAAAACAACAAAAGAAUUUACAAUAAAUGAAAAGAUACAAAUAUUAAACACUCUACGACAAAUGGGUGAAAAAUUAUCACCAGCAGAAUUAAAAUUAUUAGAAGAAUAUUCUACAGCUCUGGAAUACGGUAAAAAUUUAGAAUUUGAACAAUUACCAGACGAUAAUCAAUAAAAAAGUACAAAAAGUGUAAUAAGACUAAUUCGCCAUAAGUUUUUUUAAUAAUAAAUU